UUUUAACACUACGAUAAAGUAUUCGGCAGUGCCAAACAAGCAUUCAAUAUGUGCGCGUGUCGGCAAAAAAAAUCGUUCCUCAUCGAAGACAUACUGCAGGAUACAACGAAAAACAAAACACACAAGAUCUCGAGCAAUGAACCUAGUAAACCUAUUGUCAACGCAAUCAAAAGAACAGACACCGAUGAAAAAGUGGGACAUGAAAAAUAUGAGAAUGAUGUUAUCAAUGAAAAAAUUACCAAAUUCAACGUCAUACGAGAAGUACAGUAUGAAAUGGAGUUGAACAAAAUAAAUCUGGAGCAAAGGAGGAAUACUUACCCAAUAUAUCCAACGCCGAUGAAGGCUAAUCUAUCGUGGACGCGUUACAGAGCAAAGGACCCAGUAUCGUACCCUGUGCAACCCCGGCAUUCGUUCAGUUAUUACAGCGAUCCAAUGCUAAAUACAGAUCAAAUUUUGAGAAGUCAAUUAGCGGCGAAUAGAUAUGUAACACACCCAUUCACAGUGCGACAAACUUAUGGAUUUGAUAGAGUUUUACCGUCAUGCUGUAGUCCGUGGUGGGGCUUAGGAGGCAGACGGAAGGGUGGGCAGGUGCGGUUCAGUGCUUCCCAAACAGGCGCACUGGAGCGAAGGUUCAACGCCAGCAAGUAUCUCAGCCCUGACGAGAGGAGGGCAUUGGCAGCGUCGUUAAGACUGAGCGAUCGUCAGGUUAAGACUUGGUUUCAAAACCGUCGCGCGAAGUGGCGCCGGACUGCACCGGACUCAGCGGAUCCUGGCAGCCCGCCGACGGCUGAUGAUGAAUCUGAUGAAGAAAUUCAUAUAGCUGACAACGAAUGAACGUUUUUUCUCCAUUAGUUUUAUUAUAAGUGACAAAAUAAUUCGAUUAAACGGUAUUAAAAAGGACAAAACUUUGAAA